AAACUUCGUGACCGAUUUACAAAUCUAAGUCAUUUUGAGAUAAAACUGCGCAAAACCAACAUGGAGGCGAGGGCAAAACAUGAAUUUACUGCAACUGCGGACGACGAGUUAAGCUUUGUUAAAGGACAAGUCGUAAAGAUCUUAUCAAAAGAUGACGACCAAAACUGGUACAAAGCUGAAUUAAAUGGGAAAGAAGGAUAUGUUCCAAAUAAUUAUAUAGAAAUGAAACCACAUGACUGGUUUUAUGGCAAAAUGAAGCGAAAUGAAGCAGAGGAUUUGUUGUUACAAAAAGUAAAUAGUCAGUAUGUUCAUCCGGAUGGCGCAUUUUUAGUACGCCACAGUGAAAGUGCACCAGGAGAUUUUUCUAUGUCAGUCAAAUUUAAUGAUAGUGUUCAACAUUUUAAAAUUCUCCGUGAUGGAGCUGGUAAAUAUUUUCUGUGGAUUGUAAAGUUUGAUUCUAUACAUGAGCUGAUAGACUAUCAUCGGAAAUCUUCAGUCAGCCGUUCACAGACUAUAAAUCUGCGAGACAUGAGAGCAUUUGGCCAGCAACAGCAACAAGUACAACAAACAGAAGAAUUUGUGAGGAAAGCUUGUGCACUGUACGACUUCCAGCCCCAAGAAUCAGGCGAAGUACAACUUAAGAAAGGAGAUGAAAUCAUUAUUGAUGAUGAAAUCGAUCCAAAUUGGUGGAAAGGACAAAAUUGUCGAACCAAAGCGUGUGGACUUUUUCCGGCAAAUUAUGUUCGAUGUAUUGAUCACAAACAUUAACUGAUACACAACUUUAUUUCUUGUCAUCCGUGAGAAAAAUUGGAAUAUCGUUAGAUGGUGACAGUUGUCUUGGAGAUUUCAAUUCAUUGACUGGUGUCUUCUUUUCAUAAGUGAUCACUUAUCAUCCAGAUAGUAAGAUGCUGCUAUUUCUGUCUAACAUAGAACCAGUUUAAGAUAGACUUUGUAGGUCCGGCAUCAGAUGGGAUCAGGCAGAGCUUAUCCGCAUGAAACACUGUGUUACUGUCAUGAAACAUUGUAUAAUUGUUAACAAUGCUUGUAGACCCCACAUGGAUUAUAUUUUGUCUCCCUUCUACUAAAAUUUUAAUAGAGCCCAUUAGUUUGUUUGUGAAGGGUUUGUUUUGUCGUCUUUUCCUUUACAUUUUGAUUUUUUUUGCCGAGUGGUGAUUUUUUGUUUUGUUUUUGUUAAACUAUUGUGUUUCUUGGAAAACAAAAUUAAAAAGAAAAUCGAAAUAUAAAUUAUUGUGCCAUUACAAGGCUUUCUCAACAAGCUGUUGUUAUGCAGUAUGUUCCUUUUGGUGAUAACUUGUAUUUAAUUCUUGAUAAAAAAAUGUUGUACAUAUAUGAUAAGAUACCUCAUCCCAGUCAAUCAAAGUAUUUCAAUGUGUCUGAAAUUCAGAUUGACUAUUGGCACAAAUUAUUCAAGUUUACCACUGAAUAUUGUUAACAAUAACUUAAUAUGUAUUCUUCUUCAGCAUUGUCAUACCUUCUUAUAGGCAGUUAGGAAACGUCAUACAUAUUUUUCUCACCAAAACAUUAUAUCUGAGAAAAUUUACUAUAUAGAUAUAGGGAAUAAUAAUAUAGCUUAGAUAUGACCAAUGUGCAGCACAGAGCAUAUGAAAACCAAAAAAUAUGUGCUAUACGCACUCUAUCAAUAUGUUUACACUAUGUCAGUGUUUGUACAGAAUGUGUUUACAUUGUGACAGUUUGUCUAUACGUUAAUGUUUUUUUCAUUGAGUCAGUAUGUCUACACAAUAUGUUUACACUUUGUUAGUGUGUCUACACAUUAAUUUGAAUUUUAACUGGACUUUGCCUGAUGGGUACAGAGAAAAAGUUGUAUUUGUUACCAAAAUAUAUGCAUAAUUCAGGAAGUAUUUUUUCAUGAACUAAUUAAUAGUUUCAUAGUGUGAAAGGGGAAUCAUUACAUAUUAUAUUAUACCAGAUUUAUAUAGUGCCCUUUUCAUGAACACGUUCAAAGGCGCUUUACAUAGAAUAAAGUUACAAGAACACAUCAAAACCCAAACAGUGCACAAUGAUACUGUUGUAGUUUGAUAUCUGAUGAAUACAUAGAUUAUUCAUUUCAUUUGUGAACACCCAACAUAAACUAAGUUUUUGUGUACCCAUUUUCAUAGAUUUGAUUAAUGCAUAAGUUAUACUGGAUAAUCAGUCUAGUAUACAGGGGUGUAAAUGUAGGGUGUAAAUGUAUAGAAAGAUUACAUGUAUGGAGAGGUAUAUACGUCAUAUUUACAUGUAUAGAGUGGUAUAUACAUUGUGUACAUUAAUAGAGAGGUUUAUAAAUCUUGUGUACAUAUAUUAAAAGGUAUGUACAUUAUGUGUACAUUUACAGAGGUGUUUACGUUUUGUGAACGUUCAUAGAGAAGUAUACACAUCAUUUGUACAUGAAUAGAGAUGAGCCUUUGUGGCCGUAACUGACUUAGAAAAACGGGCUUCACUGUGAUGUGGGUUUGAACCUUGCUUGGAGCGUAGAAUGCUGCUUGUGAGGAAGCUUCCCAGCUGGCUUACUGAAGGUCAGUGGUUCUACCCAGGUGGCCACCCAUACCUGAAACAAUGCUUGGAGGGGCACCUUGUGUCCUUCACCAUCAAAAGCUGAAAAAGUUGCUAUAAGACAUUAAUUGUAUAGGUGUGACACUAAAACCAGCUAAAAAAUCAUAUGUAGAGAGGUAGACAAAUUAUGUAAACAUAGAGAAGUAUAUACAUCGUGUACCUGUAUAUGGAAGUGUAUAACACAUUUUAUGUACAUGAAAAUGAACAAGGAAGUUAUUAGUAGGUUUUUUACUUCAGAUUUACUUGUUUCAGUUUGUACGUAAGAUGUAUAAUUAUGUAGAUUAUCAGUGUUUAUGACUUGUAUCCUGAGUUGUUUUUAUUUAGGUCUAUAUUUUGAAAUUUCUUAGUGGUGAAACCAGUUUUGUAAUUUUUUGAUGUUUCAUAAUUUUUGUUUUCAUUAUGGCCUGUAGUAAGAGAUAGAAGAUAUAUGUUUUCACAAGAAGUAGCAUAUAUGGAAGUAUUUAAAGUCUUAUAUGUUUACUAAUUUGUACAUUAAUUUAGAUGGCUGUUUGUAUGAUAUUUAGUUGACUUGCAAAGACUAAGCAAGGAUACUUGUCUUAUUUUAUAGAUUGUUAAAGGAUAAUUACCUUUAUUGUUUUGAAUGGCUUUGUCUGUCUUUGAAAGAGGUCCAUGAUAAUGGUUAAACAAAGAAUAACUGAUAAACUUCAUUAUGAUGUUUUGAAGGAAGGGUAAAAUUAGAUAUAUAUGGGCCGUUCCAUGAGAAAACCUAUAUUAGUGACAAAAAAUAAAAAAUUGAGAUAAAAUUUUGUGAAGAACAUUCUUUUACUUUUCAAAUCUACUUAUCUUCACUAUUUAAGAGUUACAGUGAUUAAAUAAGUCACUGAAGGCAUUUUGAGAUGUGAUGUUAAGAAUGUCAUGAAAGUGGUAUGACGUCGCCAUGCAUGGGGCGUAUAUUUCAAGUCAUUAAUGCAACACAUUUUGCAUAUCACUUACUAAACAUCAUACAUUUGAAUAUUUAGGAACAGGUAAAAAUAACUUUACUGAAAAAUAACUUAACCGUAUAUUUUUGGUUUCAUCAGGGGCCUUUUAACAUACACCUAUAUUUUCAUGAAGCACUGGUGCUUUGGAAUUUUUCAUUGCUGUGACAACACAAAUAAUAUUUAUAUGGAAGAACUUGAUUUCCCUAAGGUAACUGUAUUGCAAUAUACAUGUACUUGUUUCUAGUUUUUGCAUGAACAUAAGAAAAACAAUGAUUUUCCAGUAUUUUAAACUACUUAUUAUGCAAUAAUUAUAUCAUGUCACUAAUACAGGUUUUGGAACGGCCCAUAUAUUUAUUUCCAAAAGUUCUACUUCACUACAUAGAUGUUCUCAUGUAACCUAGGCCUAAAAUCUAAAACCAUUUUGAUUGGUAGACAUUUUAGCUCAUCUGGCUUGGAAAAGAAAUCUAUGAGGCAUUCUUGUCACUUGACAAUGAUGUUGGCCUUUUUUUUCAAAAAAAAUGUUUAGGUCCACUUUUUUCAAAAAAUGGUAAGAGCUAUAGGUUUUGAACUUUGCACUCUUUUAUCAUAGAUCAUUAAGUAAGCCAAGAACCAUAACUCUUGCCUGCAUGUUUUCAGAAUUUGGCCCGUUUUGUUCAUAAAAAUUUUGAAUUUUAUGGUUAAGAUUUUUGUUUAGGUGCUAUUAAACGCUAUUAGAGUUUUAGCUUUGAAUUUUUGCACACUUGUUUGUAAUUAGGCCAGUAUGUAGGCCUAGUACCACAUCUGAUGUGUACUUUUUCAGAACUAUAGCCAUCUUUGUACUUUGAAAAUUGGAAUUUCUUGGUUUUGUUUAGGUCUACUUUUCUUGAACACAGUUUAAAGUUGGUCAAGAACCAUAACUCUUGCUUUUUUUGCCAGAAUUAUGGCCCUUUUUAACUUAGAUAAUUUGUAUUUCUUGGUUAUGUUUUGUUUAGGUCAACUAUUCAUGAAUACUAGAGCUUUGAAGCUAUACUUUGUCAUCAUCAAUGGGUGAGUAAGAAGGCCAAGAACCAUAACUCUUUUCGAUCAUGUUGUAUUAUGUCAAGCACUUAUAGAUAAGCCUUGGCAUCCACAGGCCAUGCUCUUGUUGUUUCUAUUGCAUUGUAAAAGCUGGAUUUUUAAAUGAAAUGCAUAUACCCCAUGUUUUGCCAGUAUCAUUGUUAGAUAAACCCUGUGAGAGUUUGCAGUUCAGAAAAAAUCUUUGGUUAUUAUUUGACUGCAGUGUUUUAAUUUUGAUUAUUGAUACAUUAUUAUACACCUAUAUUUUGCUCUACUUUGUUACACUUGGAGUAAUUUUUCACUCAUGUAUGCACAGGUUUAUUUCCUUUUAUAAAUAACAUUGGUUUUUCAUGUGUCAAAUAAAUGACCAUGUAUUUUUCAGACUUAGGUUAGUUUUUAGAGUAUUUAAGAUAAACAGUUUUAUUUAGUUAGUCUUGUGAAUAAGACCUAAGAAAUCAUUUUCAAGUUUUUGUAUUUCACAAAUAAAAAGGAAGUUAAUUUAAAAGCAAAUAAAAAAUAAUGCAUUUUUCCCCAUUCUUACUCAGUUGAUAAAUGAAUUAGCAGUUUUGUUUAAAGGUGCACUUCUUCCUGGUGUUUUCUUAGUUUACUAUACUACUGGUACUUAAAAAAGAAAUAAUCUUGUUGACAGUUUCGUCAAGAAAGGAAAAUAUAUUUUCUAUUAAAAAUCAAGAUAUGUGAUAGAUAUGUUAAUAUUGACAUUUAUUUUAGAUGAGCACUUUUUGUAUAAAUAUAUAUACACCCUGUAGGUUUGUUGAAAAAAUGUCUGUUGUCAGUUUUAUUCAUAAGUGCUUCAUGUUUGUUUAAUUGUUAAUAUUUGAAUUUUUGAAGAAAAUUCAGAAAAAAAUGUAAAAAGAAGUGUCGCUUUGUUAUGUACAGAUUUUUUAUGAUUAGGCAUCGGCAGUAUUUUUGCCAACAUAGAUACCCUAGUUUGCUUCUGCUCAAACUCUUUGUUUAUUGUUUCUCCUUGCUGUAAGUAUUACACAUUUAGUCAGAUCAGUGCAAAACUGUUGAAAAAACUGGGUACCUGGUGAGUGACCUUGAACUCAGCAAAAAAAUGCAGAUAGGGUAUCUUUGGGAAAAGCAUGCACUGUUGAAAGAGAUAAAUGGUAGUUUUGUGAAUGAUAAUAUUAAGACUACCUAUUUGGAUACAAUCAGUUUAUGUUAUGUGUGGUCACAUGUAUAGUUUUUACAGUAGCUUUGCUCUGGUACGACAUUUUAUCAUCUGUUUUCGUCCUUACCAAACACUUAAGUCUUAUUUCCAGCAAAAUGGAUAUGCUCUGUACCUUAAAUUUGCUGUCUAUAUUUUUGUUAGUCCAGUUUUAUGACACAAAAAGAGGCAUUGACACCUAAAUAGAUUUAUUUCCAAAAAAAAAGAAUGUGUAACUUGCACUGCCACCCAGCUUGCAGACAUAAAUCAUUUUCAGUCAGGUUUAUGAUUAUUUAAGACUCUGUUGUUGUUGUUAUUGUAUAUGACUACUUUAUUCUUGAUUUCUCAGCAGUUGUUUUGAUAUAAAGAGACAGGAACGAAAUAGAUGUUAGGUAAGGACAAACCAGAUAUAUCAUUUCCAUAAAUUUGCAUUUUUUUUUCGUUGUAAAAUUAGUGAAGAACUAGACUACAGAAGUACAUUAUUUAAAGUAAUAGUAGGUAGUGUCACUAUUGAAAAUCAGCAAUUUCUGUGAGCCAUUUCCCCAUUCUCGGGCAUUUAAGUUAUUAGAAUCUUUCUCUGGUUGAAGUUGCAGAUUGAAAUAUCGGGUUCCAGUUUAGGCUGUAAUGAGGCUAGUUACAACAGAAACAUUUCCCAAGAGCCAGAUAUUUCCAUCCACAACUACCAGUGUUAAGAUUUUUUUUCUUGCAUCUGUAUUCUUCACAUAAUAGAAGAAAUCAAAUAAAAUGAAUGAUUUUCAUUUCAUCAUUAUUUUAUAACAGUAGUGUAUGGAUUUACACAUUCAUUCAUAAAUUACAGCACAAAAGUCAUCUUGCACACUGGGGUGUAAGACCAGAUUUUCCAGCACUGGCAAAAACUCGUAAAAAUCCUUUCUAGAAUACAAGAGUAAGUCAUACAAGCACAUGCCUUUCAGCACAAGCCGAGAGAGCUCAGAACAUGUAAUUGAAUAGAAAUUGCAGAUUGUCAUUACUGGUACAAACCUUAAUGUGCUCCCUAGUUUUAAAAAAAAAACAUUUUUCAUGUGUUAAGCUGAUAAUUUGAAUUGAUUUUUUUUUUUUUUAGAAUGAACUUAUUAAACUUGUUAAAAUUUUGUAUGACUUAUAAGCAGAAAAAAAAAGUUUAUGAUCUGAUCAUUUUAUGAAGUAGAUCUUUAGAAGUAGAAACAUUAUUUUUAGUUCAGCAAUUUUUGGAUUGCUUCUGUCAUUUUCUUGGUGUAAAAAUGCAGCAUAAUGUUACAAUUUGUGUAAAAGCGUACACUCAGUUUAUGAAGUUUCACUUUUUGAUGCAAGAUACCAGUUAACAGAAACAUAUCGCCGAAAAGAAAGAAAAGCAAAACCAGAUUUAAUGCUUUCUCAGCAUAUAUAUUUAUAUCUUCAGUUGUUAAUUUUUCGAGAGAAAAAAAUGAUAUGUUAACAAAUUAUUGAAUUAUUUAUAGGUUCUUGCAAAUUUGGCCUAUCCAUCAGUUUGGAUUUUUAGUAAUUUUAAGAGUCAUCGGUAACAGCCAAACAAAAAAAAGAAAAUGAGAGAAAAAGACAUUGUAAUGGUUUAGUUUCAGUCUUGAAAUUUUUACCUGUGAUAAAUUAGCUUAUACUGAAUUUUUACCCCAAGUUUAUAUUUUAUGUUGAUGUGUACCCCAAUAUCAUUAGGCAUCAUGAAAUUAUGUCUUGUUAUAUAUAUAUGCUGUGUAAUUGACUGUGUAAAUGUGACUCUCAUAAUGUGUUGAUUUCACAAGGAUAAAUUAUAUGCAUGUAAGAGUAUGUAAUAAAAUCUUAAGCAUA